GUGAACAGCCCGUUAUGCAAAUUAGGCAAUGGCGUCAAUGGUGACCUUCAUAACUUUCAUAACCUCCAAAGCACGGCGAGGCAGAUAUGUCGUCCAAAGGUUCUGCGUUUUUUCCUUUGUUUGUUGCUGUCGCCGCCAUCGUAGACGUGGCGUCUGCUUCAACUGACCAUCCGGUCAUCAGAGCUCAGAUCGGACAGACGGUCAUCCUGCCAUGUUCCUAUCAGAGCCACACUCCAGUAUUAGUACUACGAUGGAACCAGACCAACAUACAGGCGGAGCAUGAGAACGACUACGUCCUCCUCGACCGACAAGGGUCUCUGGUCACAGAUCAUCAACUGCGGCGCUUCCAAGGCCGGGUGGAGCUGCAGGACCCCAAGCUGGAGAACGGAAACUUCAGUUUGAUCCUAAAGAAUGUGACCGACUCUGAUGACGGAACCUAUGAGUGUGAAAUCAUCCUGAAAACAACACCGGAGUUCAUCUCCUUGACAAUCGUCUCCCUGAUUGUAGAGGACAAGACCAACGAAGAACAAGACACAGAGAGCAAGAGCGAAGAUGGACAAGGCAAAGAGAACAAGACCAGCAAUAAUUUGAUCAUUGGACUGUCUGUUGGACUGAUUCUUCUUGUGAUUGUUGUGAUUGUAGCUAUUGUUGCUUGUAAGCAUCGAUCAGCUGCUGCUGCCAACAUUUCACAACCAUCCGUUCGCUUCUCCACUGUACACAGUGGCUACUGUCUUAAAGGUUCUGUCUGAAUGGCAGCUGAACAUCCUCCUCCUCAUCACCUCACUCUUCCUCCUCCUCCUCCUCAUCGCCCUGCUCCUCCUCAUCACCUCACUCUUCCUCCUCCUCCUCCUCAUCGCCCUGCUCCUCCUCAUCACCUCACUCUUCCUCCUCCUCCUCCUCAUCACCCUGCUCCUCCUCAUCACCUCACUCUUCCUCCUCCUCCUCCUCCUCGCCCUGCUCCUCCGUCAGUGUCACUGACAGCACAUGUUGCAUUCCAGCCAUGAACCUGAGCCCUUGGGCAGCGCCUGUACUUCAGCUUCAGGUCCUGCUCGCUCUCUGUGGUCCAACAGGAGUCUGUGCCUCAACAUUUCUUCUAAGUUUUGUUCUGGAGCUGCUCAGUUGAACCACAUAAACUCACAUUACUGAACACGGUUACAAAUUGUUCUUUAAUUCAUUCAUAAUUAUUCCAAAUUCAAUCAUUUGGAAUUUAAAUAUCCUUCAUGUUUACAUGGGAAUAGUAAUUCCAAAUAAAGGUUUACAUGGAAAACAUGUUUAUUCACCUUUAUUUAAUCCCAUUUUCUCUCUGGGGGUCGGGAAAGGUUCUGAUUGGAUUGGGGAAGAAGUGACGUAUUGAGUAACCAACCUCGGAACUUUUAUUAGGGAAUUAAAGGGG